CAAACUCACAAUACGUACAAGAAAAAACUUGCAAAACUCCUAAUUACUAAAUUAGCCCAAAAAGAUAAAAAUAAAAAUCAUACCUAAACCCUAUCAUCUCUCCCCAAUUUUCUCAACCAAGACUUGAUUAGACAAACCCUAGAUCCGCUAACCCGCUAACCCAUCAACCCGCUAACCCUCAAUGUACCCUCUCUCGUCUCCUUCCUCCUCUCGCGACCUCGUCGAGAUCCUCCGCAAGCUCCAAACCCUAGGGUACUUUCAAGAUCUCGCCGAAUCCGAUCUCACCCCUCAAAACCAAAUCGCCUUCUUCAAUCGGAUCCUAAACCUCUUCAGCAAGGAGAUCCAUCGGAACCAACAGAUCCGACCCGUUCCGGCCGUGCUCGGCGAUGGCAAUGCCGUCGACUUGUUCGAGCUCUGCUUCGUCGUCCGAGAACGGGGCGGGUACGAAUCGGUAUCGGGCGAAAAGGGUUGGGGCUCAGUCUCAGCAGCGAUUGGCUUUGAUUCUUGUGUCGGGCCUUGCGUUAAGUUGGUGUUUUUUAAGUAUUUGGGGGCUGUAGAGAGGUGGCUUGAUAAAGUUUUGGGUAAGAAGGAGAAUUGUGAGAAUUCGAAGAAAAAUCAGUUUUUGACGCCGGUGAAAGAUGGAGGGAGGAGAUUAACUGUCGAAAAGGGUGAGGGUUUUGUGGCGAAAAGGCAUUUGGGGUUGACCUCGUGUUCGGGUUAUUUUAAGAAGAGGAAGAGGGAGGCAUUGGGUGAGAUGUUGAAUUGGCUGCUGAGAAUGGCGAAGAGUCCGAAGGAUGCUGUAAUUGGAGGGAAUCACAGGGAGAAUUAUUCGAUUGCAGUUUCAGCGAGGAGGGUGAUGUUUCUUAAGUUCACGAUGAGGGCAGACGGAGAUAUGUGGGAUUUUCAGAGAGUACCAAGAAUGCUUCCUUCCAUUUAUGAUGACAAUAAUUACGAUGCUGGUGCAUUGGCUCCUGAGGGACUUAGAUGCAGCCCGAGGCAUCAUGCUUUAAGCGAACUACCUAAUUCAGGCUGUUACUCUGAAUCAUCCGUGAUCGCAGGUGGUGACAAGGGCAAUGGGACUGCAGGGAAGGAGGCCUGUUCUAUUAAGAGGAAUCUGAGAAGUGAUAUCUUGGAUGAAUUGGAUGAAAUUAUGGAACGCUUGUCUGAAAAUGAAUAUAAGAAGGAGGUGGCUAUGAAUCGUAUAGCCGAAGUGCCACUUUGGACUGACAAGUCUGCUUCAACUACCUUUAAUGCUGAUGAGCAGAAAUGGUUGGGGGAACCAAUAUGGCCUCCUGAAGGUCGAGCACAUUGUUCAUUUAAACAGGACUCUAUUGGAAAAGGGAGGAAAGAUAGCUGCAACUGUGGGUAUCCAGGUUCUGUGGAAUGUGUACGAUUUCAUGUGGCAGAGAAAAGGGUCCAGUUGAAAUGCGAGCUCGGUUCUGCUUUCAAGAAUUGGGGGUUCAAUUGCAUGGGUGAGGAAGUUGCACUCUCAUGGACAGACGAAGAAGCAGAAAAAUUCAAGUCUAUAAUGCAUCUGAACCCUCUAUCGGAUAAUUUAUGGGCCGACCUAAAUCGGGCCUUUCCUUUAAAGGGUAAAAAGAGCCUAGUGAGCUACUACUUCAAUGUGUUUACUCUUGCUCGCAGAUGCUACCAGAACAGGAUGACCCCAGAUGGCAUUGACAGCGAUGCUGAGGAUGCAGAGUUUGGCUUCUUAAGUAUUCCUUUCGGACAGGAUGCAAUCAAGGUUUAUGAGCCCAAGACUAAUUUUUGUGCUCAAAAUGGUCAAUGUUUGGAUAUUGAGGACUAAAAGUUAUAGAAACUGUUGUCUUCAUGGAAGGCUUUUUUGCGUGAAGAUCCUCAUUGUUAUUCAACUGGUGCAAUUUACUGAUGUAAAAAGCUUGAAGACAUGCAAUCAAAAUGGAGUUUUCCAGUACAGUAGCAGCAUGGUAGGGCCAUCACAAAACCAGUUGAUUUAUAAGGAUAUAAGAUGCGGGGGGAAAGGAAUCAGCUACCUUGGUUCAAAAUUUUCAAUGAAGAUUGGAGCAUAUCAACAAUAAAUUUGGUCAAAAUCAAUUAGAAAAAAGUGUGGGAUCCAAGCUGGAUGCCCUUCAAGGAAAAAAAAAAGGCCUCAGUGAGAGCCAUUGUAUGCAAGAAGCAAAUGAAUGGCCAUUGACAGUGAAGUAUUCCACAGAGAAGAUUGGUGAAACCACUCAUAUCAAGGUAUUUUACGCAUUUUUGGAUGGUGAGAGCAUCAUUGUGACAUGUCAUUAUAAGUUUCAUGUUGGUUAUGUAUAUGGUAGGAAAAUCAGUGAAAUAAGCAGUUCCAUUCAAGCAGCGGUUCCAUUCUAGCAUAGGUUUGGUGAGCAGUUCAUCAUUUGAAUUGGUGGAUACCAUUCCAUGAUAUGUUCUUAUAUGUGUCACAAGUAUCUAUUUUCUGAAGCUUUUCCCUUAAACCUAAAACAACUUUAGAAUCUCCUAGAUUAAGAUGCUGAGAUCAAGCACACCACCCAGAACUGUUCCCACUUCUCUCGCCUGUUUCAGACUCACGAGUACUCAUAACAGAGUGCCCUACUCUUUAAGCCAAUAAAUGAGAUAGGAUCAUUCUUUUUUAUCAUUUUUAAAAUAUCAAGUGCUUUAGGCUUCACCACAAUUUGUAAAAUGCGCCAAAGUUCUUCAGACCUGUGAGUGAAACCUGAAAUAUUUGGUAUUUGGUUGAAGAGUGAACUGAAGAUCUUGGAGAAAUAACCAUCUGAGGUAUCCAUUUUAAACGAGAUCAAGUACUUCGAGAAGUUUACUGCAAUACGUCACUUUUCAUUAGGUAAGUAGUUUUCUAUUAACUUUCUUUGAGAGGUUCUCACCACAAGCCAGAAUAAGAAACCAUCCAAAUAUUUGGGAUAAAUGUCGCCGUACCUUUUUUUUUUUUUUUUUUUUUUUGCUUUCCUUUUUUAUGUCUGCUUUCUUCAAGCGGAAACUGUGAUCUGGAAUUCUACAUAUUUAUCCUUUGUGCAUGAGUUAUAAAAAUUGAGUACUUGCAUAUUGACAAUGAUACAAGCCCGAGGUACACAGGUAGCUUGGAACAAUCUUUCAGUGCAAUUCAGCUCUGUUGGUAACGGGGAGUGUGCUUUCAAAUCCAGGAAAACAGUAAGUUCAUGUUGAUGUUGGCAUAUAAGAGUUACUGAUGUGAUUACUAAAUAUAUCUUCUCAUGGGGGAAGCUUGGUUCAAGUUUUGGGGGCCUCGGCGCCUCUAUGAACUUUUGGAAUUUGAGUAUGUAUAUAGUAGUUUUAAGGCCCCUCAAACUUUUGAAAUUUGUGUAUGUAUAUAAUAAGUUUAAGGCCCCUCAAACUUUGGGAAUUUGUGUAUGAAUAUAGUAAUUGUAAUUUUAACAAUUUAUAUAAAUGUAUUUGGUAAUUGAAAAAA